CUGGCAGAAAGUUCCCGCCGAUUUUUCGAUCCUUCACCUUAUCUUUCACGACACGUUCCUGCGCGCCCACCUUUUCUCUUCUUUGCGCUUUGCUUUCCCUUUUUUUCAUAGAUUCAUCUAUUAGUCGAUAACAUACCGAUCAUGGAUGGGGAUAUUCCCGUCACCAGCACCGAUGCCAGUCGGGAGAUGAGCCGGCUUUGGCGCACCUGGAAGACGGUGCAUGAAAUGCUUGCAGACCGAGGCUACGAGGUGUCAGAAGAGGAGCUGAAGGUUUCUCUUGAAGAGUUCGCGCGGAAAUAUGCAGACCCUAUGGGAUACCCUGACCGGAAAAGAAUGACAAUCCAAGCACGCCCCACCGAGGAAAUGAAGAUGAAAUACACUGCGCUGCCGACCAAAUCCAACCCGAACCCUCAGCCCGACUGCGGCACUAUCUACGUCGAGUUCUGCCCCGAGGCCUCUGGACUCGGUGCCAAGCAAGUGCGCGCAUUCAACCACGCCGUUUCCGAGAACAACUUCCACACCGGCAUCUUCAUCACUCAGGUCCCCCUAUCGCCCACCGCCGUGCGCAUGCUCAACAUCAACCCCGGCCGCAUCGGUGAGACCUUCCAGGAACAGGAUCUACUUGUCAACAUCACCCGCCACGAGCUGGUCCCCAAGCACGUCCUCCUCAGCCCGGAAGAGAAGGCCAAGCUGUUGCAGCGUUACCGACUUAAGGAGUCGCAGCUGCCCCGUAUGCAGGUCUCGGAUCCCGUCUCGCGAUACUUGGGUCUGCGCCGCGGCCAGGUCGUGAAGAUCAUCCGUAAGAGUGAGACUGCUGGUCGUUAUGCCAGCUACCGGUGGGUGAUCUAAAAAGGGUCCCCAGACGAGCUUGGUCCCGGUUUUACUUCUUUUUUUUUUGGGUCUCACCUUCUCUCGCCUUCAAUGGCCCGAUCACCGGGUUUCGAGAUCAUGUGAGAACCGAUACCCCAACGCGCAUCAAGUCCCUCCCCAACUCGGUCCUUUCUGCUGUGCGACAUACAUCCCGUCGCCCUAUCCUUUCACCUCGAGCUUUGAAUGCCUACAGGAAAGGAAGGGUAUAGGCGGCCUGCGCCAGACGACACCAGGUGGGGACUGGAUCCGGAGUUUUUCUUGCACCACACACAAACACAAAAAAGGUUAGUCCGCUUGUAUUAUGGGCAGCAUAGGCGUACUGGCGAAGUUUCUCCAUCAUCCACGGGGGCCGGGGGCUG